AGCUCCGUGCAGUACACGAAAUCACAUGGAGGUGCUCUUGUGCUCACAUGACAGUCCGAGCCAUGGCAGGAGAGAUCAAUGAAGGUUCAGUUCCUGCCUAUUACAGGGAAGUGCAUGAGGCCAUUUGUUGCAGGAGCGACGAGAGAGUGCAGGUUGAAGUUUUCCAGCAGCUGCUCCAAAGGGCCGAUCUCUCCAAGGCAGCUGUUGAUCAGAUUGCUGAGCACGUCGACUCCACAGAUGGAUUCCUGAGCAAGCUGACCCUCUAUAAAGCUCUGGCGCUGAUUGCUCUGGCUCAGCAAGGAAAGCAGCCCCGCCCCAAACUCCUGGAGAACUGCAUACAGGAGCUACCAAAGCCCCAGCUCGGGGAGCCCAGGGAGCUGCGCGCUCUGAGGAUGCAGCCCGCUCAGGAGGACGCGCUCACCAUCUCGCAGACGCUGGACAAGCUUCUGGCGAGAGACACGGUCAAGGUGGAGAUCUUACCCGAGAAGAAGGGUCUGUUCCUCAAACACGUGGAGUACCAGCUCAUCAGCCAGCGUUAUAAAAUAUCAGUUUACAGACGUUAUAGCGAUUUUGACGUCUUCCAUGAGGUUUUGCUGCAGAGAUUUGCCUACAGAGUGGUACCAGCGUUGCCACCUAAAAGGAUGCUGAAGGGAGUCCUGACCUCGGUUUCUGAGCGGGAUUUCAUCGAGGGAAGGAGACGAGCUCUCAGCAGAUUUAUUAACCUGGUGGCGCGCCAUCCCUUCUUCUCCGAGGAUGAGCUGGUCAAGACCUUCCUCACCUUCAGUGGCUCCGAUGUGCAGGCCAAGCUGCGUGACACUUACAAGAAAACGGGCGAUGAGUUCAUGACCAACAAAAUUGCAACCCAAGCUAAGGAAUAUCUCCCGGCAGACAUUCAGGCCCAGUUCUCAGGAAGCAGAGAGCUGAUUAGGAACAUUCACAACAGCUUCCAGAAGCUGCGAGACAGAGCGGAGAGAAUGGCCGAGCGCUCAAAGGAGAAUGCAACGGAUCUGCUCAUGUUUGGCAGGGAGCUCAGCACCCUGGGUUCGGAUUCUGCGCCUCUCCCCGCGUUGGCGUCCUGUCAAAGCACGUGGGGGAACCUGCGUCAGUCCCUGAAGAGCCUGUCCGUGGAGUUCGCUGUGCUGUCGGACAAAGCUGCCCAGCAGGGCAGACGGGAGGAGGAUGAUGUGGUGGAAAAACUGAAUCUGUUCCUGGAUUUGCUGCAGUCGUACAGAGAUCUCUGCGAGCGGCACGAGAAAGGCGUUCUCCACGAGCAUCAAAGAGCUCUGCACAAGUACGGUAUGAUGAAGAGACAGAUGAUGAGCGCCACCGUGCAGUCCAAGGAGCAGGCGUCUGUGGAGCAGCUGGAGUCGCGAAUUGUUCAGCAAGAAAGUGCCAUUCAGACGAUGGAGCUGCGCAACUACUUCUCCCUGUUCUGCCUGCACCAGGAGACGCAGCUCAUCUUCACCUACCUUCCAAUCACCUCCCACAUCCUCGGGGCUUUCGUUAACUCCCAGGUCCAAGGACACCGAGAGAUGGGAGCAGUGUGGAAUGAACUCCAGCCCAAGCUUGGGUGUCUUUUUGGUGGCAGUAAUGGACUGAAAGCCGUCUGAAACCUGAAAGCCUGCGCGACGUAGGAACGAAACACUGCCACCGAUGAAGAUCGCAAACUGGAAAAAUAAAAAGCUCUGUGAGCCAAAGCAAGAAAGUAUAAUGUACAGCGGUUCCCAUCUAUUACACCAGCCACGUUUCAUUUGAGGAGGUUUUUUUUUUUUUUUAAAUGUCAUGUUUCUGAAAUUUUCGGUCUGAUCAGGAAGUGCAGUGUCUGUCAGGGACGCUGGUCUCUUUGUCAUUUUUAUGCUCUGGGAUCCAACAUCCAUUUCAGAAUCAGCAUUUUUGACCGCCAAUGAGGCAGAAGGUUGUCUAAAUUGUUAUUUUUCCAAAAGGAUAUAAUAUAUAUAAUUUUAUUCACACAUUCCAACACAUUUAAUGAAGCAACCGCUUCUCAUAAGUCGGAAACACUAAGAUGCUGGAGGGACAGUGCGAGUUUAUUCAAAUGGGAUUAUUUUAAAUCUCCUGUUAUAACUUCAGAUCAGUUUGAAUAUUUUAGUUUAUAAGGACAUGUAGCAGCAUACUUUAUAUUUGUAGUGAAUUUUCUGCCUUUAUUCGUUGCCUUGUAUAUACGGUUGGGCUUGAAAGUUUGUGAACCCUUGUGAUUCCUGCAGAAUCUGACCUAAAAGCCUAUCAAGCAAACUUAACUGAACAAAUGCGACAAAGCAAAGAAAAGUAUUCAUUUACUGAGGAGAGUGAUCAAAUAUUGGAUAUGCCAGUGUUGCAAAAGCGUGUGAACUUCUGGGAUUACUCACUAAGCUGAAUCUUCUCUUUUGAGUCUGAGCUUGUUUUUUUGGGUGACCAAAAA